GCCCACGGUAUCAGCCAAAACAAGUCCCCUUCUUUCCCCACCCUCUACUUUUGAGAGGCAGCAAAAAGAAAAACCCACCACGGAAAAGAGUAAAAGCUGUCCAGAAAGGAGUUGGAUCUUCCAUUAUCAAAACCAAUGGAUUCAGACAGUGUGAAGAUAGAGAAGCAAACAGUGAAAGGGCUGGAAACUGUGGAAGAAGAUGAGGUCUACGACAGCUGGAAUGAUGGAGCAGAAGUGGAAAAGAAGGAAACAGCAGCAACAAUUAGAAGAAGAAGAAGCAAAGGAAGAGAUAUCAUUGUGGCUGUAGAUCAUGGACCAAACAGCAGACAUGCUUUCAACUGGGCUCUGCUUCAUCUCUGCCGCCAGGCAGAUACUCUCCACCUUGUUCAUGCUCUUUCUGAUUCCAAGAAUAGAUUGCUUUCUGACAUGGCUGAAGGGCUGGUAGAGAAGCUCACAAUUGAGGCUUUGAAAAUGGCUAAGGUGAAGGCAGUUGGGAAAAUAGUGGAAGGAGAGGCAAGUAAGGUUAUUUGCAAGGAAGCAGAGAGGAUAAGGCCUGUGGCAGUUGUACUAGGAACCAGAGGCAGAAGUCUAUUUCAAAGUGUGAUGCAAGGAAGUGUUGGGGAGUAUUGCUUCCACCACAGCAAAGCUCCAGUCAUAAUUGUUCCUAUGGAAUGUAUGAAUGAAGCUUAGAUAUGGGGAAAGAGGAGGUCAAUGGUGGUGAAAGCAAUUGGAAGUGCUGGGGAGUUGAAGCUCUUGGAUUCACAGAGAUGGGUUACUAAUUAUCUAUGUCCAUACCACUAAAUUUUUACGUUUUAUUUCUUAUGAUAAGGUGUAUGCCAAGAAGAUGUGUAUGUUUUGAUCGAUGAAUAUUAAAAAAAAAAAAAGAGUGGAUCUUAGAUGAAAUAUUUGAAGUCACACCAAAUGGCGAAGUGGAGUGAGAAUUAAUUUGAUGAAGCUAGUAAGGGUAAAAUAUCUUGGGUACCACUUAAGUUUGCGAAUUGGGGUAAACACACCACUUAAGUUUGAAUAGGACGUUGGGUAUCAUUAAAGUUGUCAAAAUGUAUAUCUGUUUACUUUUCCAACCAACCCGAAUUUUUAAUUACUUUUUGAUACCCAAAACUUUUAAAAACAUCCAAAACUAUAUUUCAACAAGUUUUAUCUAAUAUAAUAAUUAGAAAACCUUCUAAACAUAUUAUUACUAUAAUGACUAAUAAAAAAAAUUCAAUAAAAUGGAUAAAUUAGUAAAAAUAAUAAACGAAUAUCAAGAAGAAGAAUAAAUAUUAGAAUAUCUAUAUAAACCCCAUAAUUCAAUUAAAAGCACCAUUAGAAAUAGUUAAAAUAGAACCUAAUCGAUCAUCAAUAUAUCAAAAUGAAAAAUGAUAAAUGGAACACAAUCAGAAAGAAUUAAAUAAUAUCCACUAAUUGAAAAAAAUUAGAACAAAAUGAGAUGGAAAGUAACAAAAUAAUAAAUAAAAUAUAAAAGCUACUUCAUUCGGUAAAAAAUAUAGAAAAGAAAAUAUGACUAUAAAAGCUACAACAUUGUUUAGUUACAACAUUCAUGAAAUAAUUAAAUUAUUAUAACACAUAAUGAUAAUUAAAAAUAAUUAUAAUGAUAAUUGAUUCAAAAUUUUCUAUUCAAAAAUUGGUUUGGUAUCAAGUAUUCAAAAGAGGAUUAUAACUAAACACUAAAAAAUGAUGUUUUUCAUAAGUCCAAAUGAAUUUUUUACAAUAAAAAAGUAGAAGGACCAAUUAUGAAAUUAAGAAAACGGGAUAUUCCAAGAAUAUUCUGUCAACUUUAACGAAAUGCACUUAGCAGUAAACUUAAGUGGUACCGGGUGCACAUAUAAUAGAGUUUAGUAGUACCCAACGCCCUAUUCAAACUUAAGUGGUAUGUCUACCACAAUUCUCAAACUUAAGUGGCAACUAAGAUAUUUUACCCAAGCUAGUAAACUACCAAGAAGAUUUGAUAUUUUUUUACCUCGAGAAAAAAAAAGGAUUAAAUUGAGAAUUAAAAAUCUAGUCCAAAUCUUCUCUGGUUGGAUUGUAAUCAAAAGACACAUUUGUCAUUCUAGUUCCUAUAUAUACUUGCAUCAUAUAGUGGAAUCGUUCUAUCUCAACACAUCAAAUUCUUACGAAAAAUAGAUCUGUAAAUUGUGUGACAUCUUGCAUGCAAUUGAUCACUUCUAAAUGUAGAACUUUAAGUACCAUAACAUAAAUGAAAAUCUUUUUUUCUAGCCUUGACAACAAGACAUGAGUAUUGUAUCAAUCCUAUCCACUACCCACAUUCCACAUAUACGACUUAUGUACAACCUUGAUGCAUUCCAUUACGAGGAGGAAGAUUGUGCUAUGUAUUUGCAGGGAAAAGAAAUCGACAGUAGAGUAAUAUAAAAAAAAAAGAAUAAACUUGGAAUAACAACCCUGAGUUUAAUAGGAAUAUAUGUGUCAUUUUACAACUUGGUUUUCAACCCUGAGUUAAACCUCAAGUUAUCAUGUGAUAUUUGCAAUUCGUGUGGCCCACAAAUUUGGAGCAAAAAAGCCCCACAAAUUUGUCUCCAAAAAAUUUGGCCAAGCAAACAAAAGAUUCUAACAAAAUCUUGAUACAAAU